AUGUGGGAGCUCACUAUAUUGCUCCCGAAAGAAGUGGGAAAUGUUGGUCCUAGUGGACCUGCCUCGUCUUCUCAAUCGGGUGUUGAGGCUACUUUCCCAGCCUCUUCUCCGGACUCUACCUCUACCGAUACUCAUGUGGUGGUUCAACCACGAAAAAGUACUACUCUUAUGAGGAGAAAACAAAGUAUGCGCAUGGUGAUUUUGUUGGAAAUAGAGACCGGAUCUGAUAACGUGGGCCUCCGUCCUCUGGAAAGAGAUAGUAGCAAUGCCAAGUUCUUCAAAGACAUCUCAGUGCCUGUUCUAUCCUUUGAGGUGCAUUGGGCGUGUCGGAAGGCUUUCCCUCAUCAGACAUACCUUAGAUGGUUGAAAAAAUGA